GCAGCCACGGAAGGCCGUCUCUAUGGUGAGGAGGAGGCGGCGGCUGAGGAGGAGUUGGAGAAGCGCGACCGCAGCGGCCCCGGCGCAGGUACAAAAGUAGAGGGGGACGAGAAAGGUGCUUCUGGAGGCGAAUCUUUGGUCCGCCGCAUGACGAGCUGCUGCCUGUUGGCUCCCGAAGCCCCCCCGCCGCCGCCCCCGCCGCCGCCGCCCCCGCCGCCGCCGCCGCCUCCGGGCGCCGCGCCUCUGCCCACCAUGCCCGCAGCCCAUGCCGAGCAGAGCCCGCGGAUCCGGGAAGUUUGGGCUUGCAACCUGGACGAGGAGAUGAAGAAGAUGCGCCCCGUUGUCCAGCAGUACAACUACGUGGCGAUGGACACGGAGUUCCCAGGUGUGGUGGCCAGACCCAUCGGGGAGUUCCGGAGCUAUGCCGACUACCAGUACCAACUCCUGAGGUGCAAUGUGGACUGGCUGAAGAUCAUCCAGCUGGGACUGACGUUCAUGAACGAGCAGGGAGAGUGCCCCCCGGGCACCUGCACGUGGCAGUUCAAUUUUAAAUUCAACUUGAAGGAGGACAUGUACGCCCAGGACUCCAUCGAGCUCCUCACCAUGUCCGGGAUCCAGUUCCAGAAGCACGAGGAGGAAGGCAUCGAGGCACAGUACUUCGCCGAGCUCCUGAUGACAUCGGGAGUGGUGCUGUGUGAAGGGGUCAAGUGGCUCUCCUUUCACAGCGGCUACGACUUCGGCUACUUCAUCAAGAUCCUCACCAACGCGCCCUUGCCCGAAGAAGCUCACGACUUCUUCGAGAUCCUGCGACUGUUCUUUCCCGUCAUCUAUGACAUCAAGUACCUCAUGAAGAGCUGCAAGAACCUCAGGGGCGGACUGCAGGAAGUGGCCACUCAGCUGGAGCUAGAACGCAUAGGCUCCCAGCACCAGGCGGGGUCCGAUUCCUUACUCACGGGCAUGGCCUUUUUCAAAAUGAGAGAAAUGUUCUUCGAAGACCACAUUGACGACGCCAAGUAUUCCGGUUACUUGUACGGCCUUGGAUCUGGAGCAACCCACGUCCACAGAGGCUUCCAGAGCAGCUUUCGGACCGACUUGCAUGGCAACUUCCCCAGCAGCUUCCCGGGCAGCUACCAGAACGUCCAGUAUUUCCACUACGGCAGAGAACCAGCUUGGAGUGGAGACCAGCAAGCAUUCAUGAGCAUGCAAGAGAUGCCACCGCUAGAGGGCGAGGACCAAGAAUUCUACUCGUAUGAAGAGUGAAUCGGUUCAGAUCUCCUGUUUCAGUGGAAGGUUGGGGUUCCCUUGAUGUUUGCCUGAAAAUUGAUCAUCUGCCAGUUGUACACACCAUUCCCUCCUUUUGGACCCCUGGAACAGAGUACAUUCACUGUGCUGCAAAUUGUUGACUCAGCUAAGCUAACCCAAGAAGGAAAAGGAGAACUCAGUGUCUCCUUUUCCUGGUGUUUCGUCUUCUAAGCACCUCUAGUGUUCUUGGUUUUGAAUUGGUAUAUGUAUUAGAUCUGUGACUGACUAAAUGUUCAAUCCAGCUUUACGCCCUUCAGCAAAGUCCCUUGUGACUGGCUUUCAAGAUCUGUCAGGGAGCUGGCACCCAAGGAGCAUCAGCCUGACAGCUUCUUUCCUUUUAUCUCCUUUAUGCCUUUUAAUUCUACCAACAUUUCUUCUUUCUCCUAACCCCCCACCCCCCACCUUUUAAUAGAGCCAUGUUUACCAUAUGUGUUUGAUUUGAUGAUUCUGCAGGUCAGCUUGGUAAUAGAAAGUCCAAAGAGAGCAAAGCCGCCUUAGGUAUAUUUUAUGCCAAAUUAAAUUUGAAGAAUUCAGAUUGUACUUUUGUAGUUGCUAGAAAGACAAAGCUAAGUCAGAGUCUUGUUGUGAAACAACAGAGUCCCCAAAUUAACUUGAAUAAUAUUAGUCUUCUGAGGACUAUAAUGAUUAUUUAUUUUUGUGUGUAUAUUUUUGCCAUAUAUUUUCUAUCUAUUGACAGAAAUAACUGUGAAGUAUUUUCUUAGCCAUGCAGAGUAUGUGACCAGGCCAGAGCACGUGAAGGAAGAACUUGGUCAUCAGAAAUGAAAUACUAGUCAGAAAUGAUAGAUGGCAAGUGUGUAUGUCUAUGUUACCUGCACUUCAGUCAGUAACAUUUGCUGUUUACCAGAUGGCCUUGUCUCCCUUGUCCUUUAAUACUCUUUUCUCAUUAAGUUUGCCAGAACCUUGACUCAGUGGGAAAUAUGGAUUGAGUGAGCCUCAAAGGAGGAAAAGUUACAAAGUGUUGGUGGUAGAGGGAGAUGGGGAGCAAGGAGUAUUCCAACUCCUCCACCUUGAUGAGUGAGUGGGAGGGAGGGUGGGGGGUGGGGGAAUGAAUGAUCAAGAAUGCAAUCCAGGAAGGAAGAAGUGGGAAAGGAGAAGGUGGUAUCACUCCUAGUGCCCAGUACAGUGCCAGGCACAGAGCAGGCAUUCGAUGAGUGUGUGGUUCUCAGACUCUCUGGCUUCCUUCAAGGCUCAGGCCAAGGGACACCUUCUGCAGGAGGCCUUUCCCAGCUCCCUCAGCUGCUAGUGCCUUCCCCUCGCAUAUUGCCUUCCACCUACUCUGUCUCUAUCUUGUGUGUACCUAGUUACAAGUUGUCUCCCCUGUUAGAGUGUGAGCUCCUUGAGAGCCCAGAUAGUGUUUUUUGCCUUUCAUUGUAUCCCCAGUGCUUAGCACAGUGUUUGAAACACAGG